UUUCUUUUCUCAGAGCUCUCAGGGAAUGGACUAGCUUUUAAGAUAUUGACAUUUAAAUGUAUAUGUUGCUGUUGUCUGGACUUCAGAUCAUACAAAACUCUUGGUGGAUGGAUUUCAUCACCUACCAGCCACUUGACAUCACACCUGACACGAUUUCACAGAAUAGUUUUUUUUCUACUUUUGCCCUCAGAUAGCACUUGUGGUGGGUGUUGUUCUGCCUCUUUUCUGUGUUGUGAAAGAGUGAUAUCUUCCCAUUUUAUUUCUCUGAACACUCUUCAGGCUGCACACUUCCUCUGCACAGCGCCAGACAGAGCAUUGCCAAGGGUGUCGCAGCAAGAUACAAGGAGCCAUUUUCUGACAGGCCUCAAAGUCAAACAUGCCUAUGGAUAUGACUGCCCCGUAACAUAGGAGGUUUCCCAGCCAGCUGUCUUUCCAAGGAGUCUGUAAAUAUUUCAUUUAUAUUCAGAAGACAGAGGGGAAACAAUGAGUUUUGACAGAGUGCCAUCCAAGUCAGAGGUCAUGGGCUGGAAUCCACACCAAUUGUCAGACUACAUGAGGAGGGUAAGUCAUUUUCAGUUGGAGUUAAGUGGAUGUGACAAAGUCAUCGUGAAAUGUAAUAUUAAUGGGCAAAGGUUCUUGAACAUGAGUGAAAAUGACAUUCAGAAAUUCCCCAAAGUCCAUUCACCACUUAUCUCCAAAAUAUGCUGUGAAAUCAACAGGAAAGAAGAAAAAAGGCCAUUCUUCGCUAAAAGAUCUACAGCACCAAAAUAUCAUGAACCAGAUACAUCACAAGAGGUUCAGCCCUGGGGACCUGAUGAAUUUGAUGAUGACGAUGACUAUGUAAGCCCAGAUGCUGAUGAUGAUGACGGCAGUGUGGGCGAUUAUGAGUACCCAACAGAGGGGCCGGAGGUUGGAGGUGAGGACAGUGACAACGACUAUGAGCCACCUCCGUCUGAGCCGCCUGAUGAGAUUCCUUAUAAACUCUGUGUUGCCAAGCGCAUGGCUGACGGUGACUACAUUGAUAGUACCCCGCACCGCGGUACAGCUUUAAGGCAACCACCUCCACCACCUCAACGCCCUGGGCCUGGUCCUCCCCUCCCCUCCGCCAGUCGCCCUAGUCUAGUGGAGCCUCCCCCACCCAGAAGGGAGCAAUCUCCCCAGCGCCCUGGCAGACUCCCUGUGCCCGCUCCUUUCUCAAGUGCUCCCCCUGCUCCACUAGUUGACCGCAGAAUAAAGCCCACCAAACUGGAUCGAACAAAUCUUACUGAAUCUCCAGUACCAGCAAGGAAGUUGAACACAACAGAUAGGCCUGCUCCACAUUUAUGGAGGCCUCAGGCAGAAGAGAGGAGUCCAGACCCUCCCAGGAUGCCCAAACCGCCCCUCCCUCUGUCAGCUAGAGUCAUCAGGAGCAGCUCGUCGGUGGGCAACAACAGAUAUGUGCCUGGUGCAAGAAAUGAGGUACGAAAUGAAGUGUCCAUGGCCAAGUCCUUCAACUCCAACACCUUUCCUAGACCAGGGCUCCUUAGACCACCCUUACCUUCAGACUGCUUGCCACCUAAUUUCGAUACAACUGCUUCAAGACUGCAGGCAUCUUUCUCCCACAGGAGCAAGAUUAUACCCGUGCCGUCACCUGUGCAAGCUUCCAUGCCCCCACCGGCAGACCUAGAGGAUGAACAGGACAUGAACCUUCAGUGGUACGUUGGUCAGGUGUCACGGGGCCAAGCGGAGGGCUGUCUCAGGCGGGUCAAUAAGGAUGGUGCAUUUCUGGUACGAGACAGUUCUAAGCGCUCGUCCAUCCAGCCCUAUACGCUCAUGGUGCUUUACCAGGACAAAGUCUACAAUAUCCAGAUUCGCUGCGAACAGAACAAGUUUCUGCUGGGAACUGGUCUGAAGGGCUCAGAGACCUUUCCGAUGGUGGCACACAUCAUCAACCAUUACAGACAGCAACCACUUCUGCUGAUUGAUGCUAAGAACCGUGAAGCAGGUCAGCAGAACCAGUGUCCCCUGAUCUACCCAGCAGGUCUCUGUCUAUCCUUUUAAUAGAGACCUGGGGGGAGGGAGAACAAUAACAUGGACCAAUAGUCAAGAUUGACAUUGGUUUUAAUAAAAGAAUACCACUAACAUUAUGGGGGAAUUAAUUAUGCAACCUUUGAAUUCCAGUACAUUGUCUUUACAUGUACAGUCAUUUAAUGUAAAGCCAAGUGACUCUUGGAUGAAGAGUACGCCACUGUCAACUGUUUACUCGAUGGACUUGAAAAAGAAAAGUCAAUACUGGUUCAACAAUAUUUGUCGUUUUUUUCUCUCUCUACUUAUAUUAUAUUUAUUUGAAUACGGAAACCACAGAGGCUGAAAAUGUCCGUGUGCGUAGUUCUGUAAAUGUUUGUUGCUCUGUGUUAUUUUCCUGUUAAGAGCCUAGAUAGCAGCGAGAUCUGCUGUGAAUCAGAACCAGCAUACAUUGUCCAAGUAAGGACAUAGUGGGGUAAACAGUCAAUCACUACUGCUGAGCUUUCAUAAUACGGAAUUGAUUGGCUUCCAAAUAAAACAGUAUUUCUGUUCUGCACGGUUAAAUGAAAGCAAUGUCAUUUCAUUUCUGACACUGUAUGUUCCUUUAUGUAGCUGUAUUUACUGUUUAAACCAUCUUUGCAUUUUUUGGGAUUGGAAACGUGGCAGAAAUUCUACAAAUCAUUGGUCAUUGAUGGCGGCACACUAGAGAGAACUUCACUGACCUCUGUGCCAAAUUCUGCCCGUCUUUUCCAUUGACGUUUUUGUCAACGACUUCCGUUGUUUCUCUAACUUGCCUGAAACAUAGACGAUGACAAAAAGUGUUGUCUCACUGCUGAUCUGGUAGUGUAGUAUUAAAACCAGUUCCAAAAAAGUGUAAGUGUGUUGCAUCUGCACCACGAACCUGUUGUAAACCAUAAUCAUAAUCUGUGUAUAAAAGAUUUAUGUCCCUAA